UGGUUGUUCGUGAGUUUGAUGGGGAAUAAGAUUGGUAGAAGGAGGCAGGUGGUGGAUGAGAAGUACACGAGGCCGCAGGGCCUGUACCAGCACAGGGACAUCGAUCACAAGAAGCUAAGGAAGCUCAUUCUUGACUCCAAGCUGGCGCCUUGCUACCCUGGGAACGAGGAAUGCGGCCUGGAUCUCGAGGAGUGUCCCAUCUGCUUUCUGUAUUAUCCGAGUCUUAAUCGGUCGAGAUGUUGCGUGAAAGGCAUAUGUACAGAAUGUUUUCUUCAGAUGAAACCACCUCAUUCUACUCGACCUACACAAUGUCCCUUCUGUAAAACUCCAAACUAUGCUGUGGAAUAUCGUGGCAUGAAGACAAAGGAGGAAAAGGGCAUGGAACAAGUUGAAGAACAGAGGGUAAUAGAAGCGCAAAUAAGGAUGCGGCAGCAAGAACUGCAGGAUGAAGCAGAAAGAAUGAAGAAGAGGCAGGAUGUAAGUAUGCCAAGCAGAAGAAUGACUUCAGCAGAAGUUGAACAUCGGGAUAUGUGUAGCACCUCACUUUCAGUUCCAUCCUUUACAUGCACGGCACUAGGUAAUGAGUCUGUUACAUCUCAAGCCUCAUGCUCUGCACCAGCAAGCACCAGGCCUUCACACUCAAGGCAGAAUCGGGAACUUCAAAAAAAUGCAGGGACGGCAAUUUUGACCUGGAUCUUGAGGAGAUUAUGGUUAUGGAAGCAAUUUGGCUUUCUAUUCAGGCAGAGGUUAACGAGUCUGGUUGGUUUCUACGUUCUGUUCAUCUGGAACAUCCCGGGAAUUGCCUCCAUGGAGCAAGGAAGCCCGGGAAAUCCACCUUGUGGUGGCGAUGUUUUGCCUGAACCAUCCUUCUCAGACAACUCCGUCGCUGUAGCUCCAGUAGAAGCAUCUCCUGGUGGGCUGGCCUGUGCGGUGGCAGCCCUGGCCGAGCGUCAGCACAUAAAUGGAGACUCUGCUGCUGGCAUGGCUGGCAGCGACGCUUCGUCUUUCGACAUGCUUCGGCAGCCAAGCAGCUUGCCUGUUGGCAUGGCGACUGCAGCGGAAAAUGAUCCUCCGGGGUCCUGGAACGAGGUAUUACCAGACAGUGGGAGGGGAGUAACAAGGGAGGAGGGUGAGUGUUCGACCGAUCAUUGGUCAGAGGUCACAGAGGGGGGGACCAACUAUGCCGGCUCUGAUGUCAGGGUACAUGCAAGGUCUGCUGCCGUAUCCCUCCCGGAAGCUGGUAGCAUGGCUGUGAGCCACCUCCUUCCAGAGAGCUUUGAAGAGCAAAUGAUGUUGGCCAUGGCUGUUUCUCUUGCGGACGCUGGAGCGAGGACGAAUGCCCAAGGGCUGACCUGGCUGUAAUGAUCGAUGGCUUGGUUGUAAGAGUCUGCAUCUAUUUGUUUCCUUUGCUUCUUUCCUCUCUCCCCCCUCUUUCAUCUAUAGUUGUUGCUUCUACAGAUUUUUUUUUUUGGGUUGGUUGGUUUCUUUUUUACAUAUAUGUGAAAAGGGAAAGGAAAAAAAAAGAAAAAGAAGGAGAAGAAAGAAAGAAAGAAAAUAUGGUAGUGACAUUUGUGGAUGAUGGGUAAGAAGGCAGGUACAGUUGAAAGGAUAACAGAAUGUGCAAUAAUUUGAUCUCUUCUUCUUUGAA